UUUUUGACAGAUACAACAUAGGAGGAAAUAUAUCAGUCCCAGUCCCCCCCCCCCCCCCCACUAAGAGAGACCCGGACAGGCGUGGGAAUUUAUAUUCAUUUAAUGCAACUAAGUUUAAGAGCAGGACAUGCGUAAGUGUAGGUGACAUUUAUAAAGAUGAGAAAUAUUUUAUGCACGACAUUUGUCUCUCGUUAAACACACACAAAAAAAAAGAAAUCCACGAACAAAGCAAGGACAACACCCUAACAGUUAUGGACAAUAAGAUGACUGACCCGGUCAGCAAGGAGGUGCGCCAGGUGGUCCAGUUGCUGACCUACGUGACUCUGUGUGGAAUCAUUAGUCUGUUCGGCAUUGGCGCCAACAUUGCAAACAUUAUUGUUUUUGUGAAACAAGGUUUCAAGGACAGUAUCAACAUAAGCUUACUAGGUUUGGCUGUUGCAGACCUUGGCUGUGUAAUCACUAUGUUCUACUCCAGUUUCGGUUACAACCCAGUCUUUGCUUCUAUGGACCUGCCCUUUGAACUCCAGGCCGUCACGUAUGUGUCUGGUGGCUACCCACAUAUAUACUUUAACAGAAUUACCAGCUGUAUUACCGUCUUCAUUACAUUUGAGAGAUGCCUUUGCAUCGCCAUGCCUCUGAAAGUGAAACAAGUCAUUACUCACUCCAGGACAAAAGCUGUCAAUGUAUCCGUGUUUGGUAUCAUGGUCAUUGUCUUCUGUCCAUUCUAUUUCGUCAAUAAACUCGAGUGGAGAUACGACCUGGUGAAGAAUCGAACCAUACUAGGAAUUACGUUCUCCAAAGAUCGGGAGAUA